AUGGAAUUCUUGUUUAAGAAAUAAUGUUUUUACAGAUUAUAAUAUUAUAUUUAAUUAAUUAUUAAUUAAUGUAAGAAAAGAAAAUUAAGAAAAACAGAAUUAUUCAUUCAUCAUUUUUAAAAUUACUUUAUUAAAUUCUGGAGGUUAAGUAAAUUAAUAAUUUAGAAUCAAGAGUAUGAUAAUAUUAUACGAUGGAAUGAUUUCGGAGACAAAUUUAUGAUUUUAGAUAAACCUACUUUUAUAUAAAAAAUACUACCAAAAUACUUUAGACAUUAAAAGUUUUCUAGUUUCUUAAGACAAUUAAAUCUCUAUGGAUUUCUAAGAGUAUGUACUGAAAGAAAUAAUUCUUGCUACUACAACUUAUAAUUUAAUAAGUAAAGUCCAAACUUAUAAAUGAAAAAGAAACAAAGACCAUCUAAUUCAUAUUGUGAGCUUGAGACUUCUGCGUUGAGGAACUAAAUGAAUUAAAUAAAAAUGACUUAACAAAUAUUAAAAUAACAGAUUGAUGGAUGUUUAUAAUCUGUUGAUAAAAUGACAAGUCUAACUCAAUAUUUAAUAAAUGUAAAAUUAUCUAAAUUUAUAUAGUUGCUCUUCGAAAGUAAAAUUUAAACAUCUAAUUAAGCAAAAUCUAUAUUAAAUACAACCGUUAAACUCUACUCUGGAAUGUUGCCUCAAUUUUUUUUCACAUUUUAAGAACUGCUAGAAAUUACAUUUCCUUCUAGCGAAAUCUUAUAGCUUGAAAAUGCAAUCUCAUACUUCAAUAAAAGUCCUAUUAUGCCUUAGGUUCACAUAUAAUUACUCUAAAUAUUUAAUUAUUUAUCAUCCUAUUAUCCAGCUACUUAGUUUUCAAAAUAUAAUGAAGCCUUUUCGAAUAUAGAGAAGUCAUAUCAAAAUUUGGAGGAUUUUGCUUAUCAGCGUCAAUAAUUAAGAAUUUAAGAUUGA